UCGGUGCACUUCUUUACAAAGAUUAUGACCUUUUAGAUUUUAAUGGUACUGUUCGUUUUUUAGGAGGUUUAGAAUCUGAACAGGGACUUGAUGUAAAGAUAAUUACAAUUUCUCAAAACGGAGGAAAAUGUGAAUCGGCUAGUCAAUGUUAUAAUUUGUCGGAUUAUUCUUUUGAUAAUU